AUGGAGAACACCGUCCAGAGAGCGAGCGCUGGCGGCGGCAGUCCAGAGAGCGAGCGCUNGCGAACGCCGCGGCGGCAGUCCAGAGAGCGAACGCCGCAGCGGCAGUCCAGAAAGCGAACGCCGCGGCGGCAGUCCAGAGAGCGAACGCCGCAGCGGCAGUCCAGAAAGCGAACGCCGCGGCGGCAGUCCAGAGAGCGAACGCCGCAGCGGCAGUCCAGAAAGCGAACGCCGCGGCGGCAGUCCAGAGAGCGAACGCCGCAGCAGCAGUCCAGAGAGCGAACGCCGCAGCAGCAGUCCAGAGAGCGAGCGCCGCAUCGGCAGUCCAGAGAGCGAGCGCUGCGACGGCAGUCCAGAGAGCGAGCGCCGCAGCGGCAGUCCAAAGAGCGAACGCAGCGACCACAGUCCAGAGAGCGAGCGCCGCUGCGGCAGUCCAGAGAGCGAGCGCCGCGGCGACAGUCCAAAGAGCGAGCGCCGCGGCGGCAAUCCAGAGAGCAAACGCCGCAGCGGCAAUCCAGAGAGCGAGCGCCGCAGCGGCAGUCCAGAGAGCGAGCGCCGCUGCGGCAGUCCAAAGAGCGAGCGCCGCGGCGGCAGUCCAGAGAGCGAGCGCCGCGGCGGCUGUCCAGAGAGCGAGCGCCGCGGCAGAAGGAGUGA